AUGUCUCUCUAUCUGUCUGUGCUACAACAAAAAAGAUUGGCAAGUACUAAAUCUACUACAAGACAAAAGAUUCAGUACUCCAUUGAUUGGCGCCAAGACAGGUACAUCCCCAAUCAUGAUGAUGACGAUGAUGGCAACAACUACGACAACAACAACAAUAAUAAUAAUAAUAAUAAUAAUAAUAAUAAUAAUAAUAAUAAUAAUAAUAAUAAUAACAAACGUAAAGUUGUACCAACCAGACCAGUCGCCAAAAAGCAACCAACCAAGACUGAAGUAGAAAAGAGAAAGAGAGUCUGGAAGAAAAUGUGGACCAGUAUACUGUCAAUACACAUACCAAGAUGGACGACGUCGUGGGAAGGAGAAACUCCUUAUUGUGGUGUUGCCUGUAUCUUGCGAUCCGGACAAUUGCAAUACUUGCACAAAAAUAAGUGCAAAGCAAAGCAAGAUAACGGAAAAUUAUGUGGCAAUGGCAUUGUAGUAUAUGCACGCCACAAGAGUAAAUGCCAUUUCCACUACUCAAUUGGCGUUAGAAAAAAGAAGAAGAAGGUGGUCAAACCUACACUUGAUCCAUUGUCUGUAAGACAAUGUCAUUCUAGAUCACAACAUGACCAUGAUAGUGAUGAUGAUGAUGAUGAUGGUAAUGAUGAUGGUGAUGAUGAUGGAUAUGACGAUGAUGAAGAUGACAACUAA